GUCACUUUAACCCCAUUGCCUAGUCAAAAACAAACAAACAAACAAAAGCAGUGGAAUACAUCUUACUGAAGGUGUCCACGUGGAAAUUGAACGACUACUUUUUAGGAAUAUGGAAGAGCUUUUUGAUCAUCUGCCAAUUGGACUAUAUGACCAAAAGACCUAAGCAUCUCUGAUAUUCUUCAGCUCCUGUAUCUACGACUCUGGCUUGAUUUACCGAGCUUUCUCUCAAGAAGAGGCCAAAGAACUUGACGUUCAGCGCCAGGGAUCCCGAGAGGCUGAGGCCUUUGUGAAAGCCUUCCUCAAACGAAGUAUGCCCCACGUAACCGAAACCCAACUCCAUGAGCACCUUCAUCGCAAAGCCAUCGUGCUAGAGUACCGACCCCCAAAAAAGCCCAAGGAAAGCAAAAGAAAAUCGAAAGGCUUCUCUGCAAAGCAGAGGCGAGAGUUGCGCCUCUUUGAAAUCAAACCAGAGCAGCAAAGAUACAGCUUGUUUCUCCCUCUGCAUGAUCUCUGGAAGCAAUAUAUCCGGGACUUGUGCAAUGGUCUCAAGCCAGACACGCAACCACAGAUGAUUCAAGCCAAGUUGUUAAAAGCAGAUCUUCAUGGUGCUGUUAUUACAGCCGUCCACAGAUUGUCAAAGGAACUUCCACAUCCCAUAUCUCAAGCAGAAGUAACCGCUUCUGCCACCAUAGAAGUUACAAAAUCUAAAUGCCCCUCUUAUGUUGGUAUUACGGGAAUUCUUCUUCAAGAAAUGAAGCAUGUCUUCAAAAUUAUUACCAAAGAUGACAAAUUAAAAGUUAUUCCCAAGUUAAACUGUGUGUUUACUAUAGAGAUCGAUGGCUUCAUUUCCUAUAUUUAUGGGAGCAAGUUUCAACUUCGAUCAAGUGAGCGUUCUGCAAAGAAGUUCAAAGCAAAAGGAACAAUUGACCUCUGAACUUGUGACUGCUUAAGAAAAUGUCACUGCAAUUCAGAACAGUGUGAAGGAAGGCGGGAGACCUGCACUGGCAGCUGGCUUAUGUUUGGUGCCUUGCUCUUUAAAAAAAAUAAAAUAACUGCCAGGCCAGUGAGUAGCUCAUUUCCAGCUCAUUUCACCAGUUCAGUUGUUAGUUGUCUUUUCUUUCCAUAUUGUUUAAAGUUCUGUGUGUGGUCUGCCUGCCUCUUUGGUUAAACAGAUGAUUUUCUGAUUGCAUUAUUUUCUAGAGAGAUUUGUUGAGUCGAUUCAAGCCUGUCGCCCCCUGGAGUAGCAGUCUCAGCAGAAAGAAGCUUACAAAAUCACAGGCUCUUAUUUUGCAAAUUAAUAGUUCCAUUGAAUUAAGGAGUUGGGGACCCUGCAUAUUGACCUUUGUGUCAUCUAGUCUUUAUACCUCAGUAGCAGACUAUAAAAUGGGAAAUACAGAAGAUACCAUUCUCCAGUGCCAAGCCUUUGUGGCAUCAUCCAGAGAAAAGCCAGGGCGCUUGGGAGGAUAGAGAGGAUCAUGAGGCUUUCUUUCCCAAACUCCCAUACAUUGUGUGACCCUCCACUUCCCGGAAACUUCAUCCCAGGUGUUCUUUGAAGCUAUUUCAGAAAACUGUAUCUUUGAAUAUAACUUUGAAAUCUGAAUAAGAAAAUGUAUUAUUUGUGUAAUGAACAUAUUAUUUUUAAAAAUAUGCCCCUUUGUACUUUGAUGCUAAAACAUGGAGGUUUUACUUUUUUGUUGACUCUAAUAUCCUAGACCAGUGUUGUCUGUGCUAAAAGCAAGUGAAGCUCUUCAUGGUAUAGGGGGUUGGGGGGAAAGGGAGAGGGGAGGGAGGAGAGAUGAGUGGCUGAAAACCAUUUCAGUCAUUUUAGUGGGAAGUCCUGAAGAGUAUCAGUGUUCUUAAGGGUCUUUCCUUUGACAAACAAGAUGUGUGCCACAGAUCAUCCUUGGCAUCCUCCCCCCUCACUUCCUGAAAUUUCCCUACAGAAACAGGGCUUUUUUAAUGUCCCUUUGUCUUUGAGUCACUCAUUACAAGCACUCCACAUUAAGGAAAAGAGAACAUUACACACAAAGUGGAUGAGUAUUGAUUCAGACCAGAUAACAGGCUUGUCUGGCAUGAGGACAAGAAUGCUGUGAUCCUGGCCUGUCAGAUAGCCCAGAGCUGCCUAUUUUCUGUGUCAUGUGACUUUGGAUGCCAUGACCCCCAUGUAGGUUGAUGGGAAAUGUCUCUCCCUCGUUCUGACAUUCCUGAGCAAUGUUUGGCUGUUUCUGCCAUACCUGAAAGCUAUGAUCAUAACUACCUGCUUUCUUGAUGGGGAAAUAAAUCUCUCUCUUAGUUAA